AUGGCGGACAGCGUGCUGCUGACCAAGGUCGUCUGCCUGGUGUUAUUUGCUGUCAUCUCGCUGACCUGCGGUUUGCUGCCGCUGGUGGGCUCGCGGUUGGCGCGCGCCUGGAGUCGCCACCACGCGCCGGGCAAGACGCUGCUGCGUUUCUCGGCUCGGCUCGACCUGCUGGUCUCAUGCGUGCUCUGUCUGGGCGGCGGUGUGCUGCUCGGCACCGUCUUCACGCACAUGAUGCCCGAGAUUCGCGAGGUUUUCGCGCAGAUCGCGGGCGCCGGCCUUCUGCCCGGCAUGGAGGCGCCGGCCGGCGAGAUCUUCCUCUGCGUCGGCUUCUUCCUCGUCUACCUGGUUGAGGAGCUGGUGCACGCCUUCCUGGCCGGCCGCGGCACGGUCCGCAAGGCCGGCAGCGUCCUAGCGCUGGCCGCGCCACCGGCCGCCGACGCGCCGGCCGACGCCGUGGUCGUGCAUGUGCAUGGCGACGGCACAGCCGGACACGGACACGGCACAUCCGGGCACGACCACGGCACGUCCGGACACGACCACGGUACGUCCGGACACGACCACGGCACGGCCGGACACGACCACGGAACGACAAUCGCGACUCUGCACGCGUUCCGCGCGUAUGUGGUGAUCGUAGCGCUGUCCGUGCACUCGGUGUUCGAGGGCUUCGCCGUGGCGUUCGAGACGGCCAGCCGAGACGUGUGGAUCCUGUUCGCCGCCAUCGCCACGCACAAGGCCAUCGUGUCGUUCUGCCUCGGCGAGCAGCUGCUGGCCACGCGGCGCUCGGUCGGCUUCGUCCUCACCAGCCUGCUGCUGCUGGCGCUGGCCUCCCCGCUCGGCGUGACGCUCGGCCUCUGCGUGGAAAACCUGGACCAGGACGAGAGCUCGCGCCUCCUGUACACCGGCAUCCUGCAGAGCCUGGCGGCCGGCACGAUCCUCUACGUCGUUUUCUUCGAGAUCCUCGGGCCGGAGCGGCAGAAGCAUUCCAACGGGCUUCUCAAGCUGCUAGCCGUGGUGGCCGGGUUCGUGCUGAUCGUGCUCGUGCACAGCGUGGGCGGACACUCGCACGGGCCCGGCGCGAGCCAAGCUCACGGAGGACACGGCCACGGCGCCGGCCACCCGCUGAGCAACGACCUCCUGACGCAGGUGGAGCACCACGAUGACCACGGCCACGAACCCAGCCGGCCGGUCAGCUCCGACUACCUGGCUCGCGUGCCGAACGAGUCGGGCCACGUGCUCGACACCGUCAGAUACAUCAAGUCCUUCAGCAGGCAGGAGGGGCCUGGUGUGGACCACAACGUCAUUAUGAACAGCAUGAGGAGCGUGGUGCAGGAAAUGGGAGGCGAGCACGACUCGCAUGGUGAACAUAACCCACAUGGUGAACACGAUUCGCAUGGCGAACAUGAUUCGCAUGGUGAACACCACUCGCAAGGUGAACAUGGCCCACGUGGUGAACACGAUUCGCAUGGUGAACAUGAGUCGCAUGGCGAACACGAUUCGCAUGGUGAACAUGAAUCGCAUGGUGAACAUGAUCCGCAUGUCGAUCAGGAGUCGCAUGGACUGAACACAAGACUUGCUGGGGACGGUGGCCCUUCACAUGAACACGAAGGGCACGUCCACGACCACGGAGCGGAGGGUCAAGGGACGCACCCCGCGACCACCAGCGAGGAGGGCCACCUCGAGUCUCACGACGUGGACGGCAGCGCCAGCGUGACCGGCGCUGGGGGCGAGGACGGGCCGCCGUCGGUGGCGGACGCGCCGCACCACCACGACCACGACCAGUUCAUGCGCACGGUGGCGGACCUGGCCGGCCAGCUGGACGGCCUCGACCCGCGCGCGCUAAACAAGACCGUCAGCUUGAUCGACACGCUCGACCUGAUCGCCUCGCAGAACACGGAGGAGCGCGGCAGCGCCGAGACGGCCGGCGGCCGGCAGCGCGAGCACCACCACGACCACGGUCACGACCGGCAGAAGGGGCGAAGCAACAUCCGCUUGCUGCACGACCGGCGGCAUGGCGGUGGCGGCGAGGAGCACACGCACUUCGUCCUGCAGGAUGUCACCUCCAGCGAGCAGCCGCCGGUCCCCACCGCGAGCCCGGCGGCCGCCAGCGACACGCGGAUGAGCGCCGAGGCCGCUCAGGAGCUGCGCGACAUGGUGGAGGUGCAGUUCCACCAGCCUCGCGGCGGCGGGGAAGGCGCCGCCGUCAGCGCAGCUGACCGCUGACCGCUGACCGCUGGCACCGGAGCCGCUGAGCUGAAGCUCGCAGCCUGAGAACCGGACUGACAGGCCGUGGCCGGUCGGAUCACGGAGCAGCGCCGACGAGCUGGUGUGGGUCAAACGGCUGGCGCCAGGUCAGUGCCGAGAGAGCUGCUGAGCAAGCAGCAGCGACGGAAGCCGCUGUGCAGUGCCGUGCGCCCCUCUUCAGUGAUUCCGGGAACGCUUGAUGUGUCAGGUAAUGGACGCAGCAGGCUCCGCGCGUCACAUCUGGUCGUCAUGUUGAGCAUCGCGCCUGAUCGGCUCCACGCCGCAGGUCUGCUCCAUCUUGUACAUUCAUUCCUGGACGCUGGACGAUGCGUGCACCUCUGGAGCAGCCCGCCCCGGUGGCGGUGCCGUGGGAACGGUCGGCGCGCCGGGGGUCGACGACCUCCGGCGGCUCUCGGCGCGGACGUCUCCAGCGCGCUCCCUGCGGGGGCAGCCGUCGGUCGUCCAUGAACUUGCAGCCAGGGUCACGUUCUCCAGGCCGGGCCGAGCCGGGACUAAUCAGAGCGUGGCGCGACACGACAGCGGCGUUACGACACCGCCGUACGACGCGGCGCCAGCGUGCCGCAAAGGCUGUGAUAACGAUGUGCUAUGACUGUGGCCAGGCCGGGGGCGGCUCGACGGCCGGGUGCCCAUCCCGCCCGCCGCUGCCGCCCGGCGUGGCAGUGUGAUAUUGCGUCCGCUGACGAGGUGUGCUGUAUCUGGGUGUGCAAAGUAUUCGGUGCGACUUGUGUGGUCGCUGGGGUCGGUUAAGCUGUGCGACAGAGCAUUAACUACGCGUUUGUGUGCAUCUUAUUAUCACCAGUGUGUACAUUUAAUAUAAACCAUAAUAAAUGCCGAUUA